UUUCAGCUUUGAAUUUUACGAGGGAUUCCAUUUGUCCUCUUUGUUCUUGUGGGGUACACGGAGGAAAACAGCGUGUCCCAGAAAAACCCGACUGUUUGUUUAGCUUUUCACAUGCAGUUGCGGAAUGUCACGGAGAAAGCCGGGUCCUGAGCUCAAGUGUAGGAAACCGCUAGAAGGAGAAUGAGCCGAUUGACUUUCAGGUCAACAAAGGGCCAUUGGAUGACAAACCUCAGCAGGCCGCGUUCUCACAGACCUACUGGGUUAUUUGUGCCGCCAAGCCCUCCUUUGGACCCUGAGAAGAUCAAAGAGUUACAGCGCUUCAUUACCCUUUCCAAGAAACUUAUAGUGAUGACAGGCGCAGGAAUCUCCACCGAGUCUGGGAUCCCAGACUACAGGUCGGAAAAGGUGGGUCUCUACGCCCGCACUGACCGGAGACCCAUCCAACACAUCGAUUUUAUCCGUAGUGCUCCCGUCCGCCAGCGGUACUGGGCCAGAAACUUUGUGGGCUGGCCGCAGUUCUCCUCUCACCAACCCAACCCAGCACACUGGGCCUUGAGCAACUGGGAGAAACUUGGGAAGCUGCACUGGUUGGUGACGCAGAAUGUCGAUGCUCUGCACUCCAAGGCGGGGAAUCGGCGGCUGACAGAGCUCCAUGGAUGCAUGCACAGAGUCCUGUGCCUGAACUGUGGGGAACAGACUCCCCGCAGGGUGCUGCAGGAACGCUUCCAAGUCCUGAACCCCAGCUGGAGCGCUGAGGCGCAGGGUGUGGCCCCCGACGGUGAUGUGUUCCUCACGGAGGAGCAGGUCCGGAGCUUUCAGGUCCCGUCCUGUGAUCGAUGCGGUGGCCCUCUGAAACCAGAUGUCGUUUUCUUUGGGGACACAGUGAAGCCAGACAAGGUUGACUUUGUGCACAGGCGUGUGAAAGAGGCUGAUUCCCUGCUGGUGGUCGGAUCGUCCCUGCAGGUGUACUCUGGCUACAGGUUCAUCCUUACCGCCCGGGAGAAGAAGCUCCCAAUCGCCAUCCUGAACAUUGGGCCCACUAGGUCGGAUGACUUGGCUUGUCUGAAGCUGGACUCCCGCUGUGGGGAGUUGCUGCCUUUAAUAGACCCACAGUGACUGAGGACUGAUGCUCAAAAGCUACAAAUGGACUGUCCGUUGAGUCCUGUUGCUAAAGAUCCCUAAGGAUUCUUCCCUGACCUUCAGACUAACGGAAGUUUAUGGGUUUGGCCUCUAGAGGGCAGCAAAGCAAUGUCUACAGGCCCGUCCACUGCUGCACCAUGCUGUUUACAGACCAGCUGUCAGCAUCCUUGGGUCCAUGAGAGCUGCCCUCCCCCACAAGAAAGACUUUCAAAAAAUAGCUGUUUUUUUUUUUUUUUAAGUUUUAUUUAUUUUUAUUUUUUCUGAGAUAGGGUUUCUCUGUAAUAGUCCUGGCUGUACUGGAACCAGGAUUGUAGGUUGAACUAAGGUGCACCUGCCUCUGCCUCCCAAGUGCUAGGAUUAAAGGCGUGGAUCACCACCACCCAGCUAAGUAGCUGUUCUUGAUGGCAUAGCUGUGUCACCUUCCUUUUCAUACCCCCCAGAAGAAGAAACAGUGGGGAAGUAAUAAACCAGAAUGGUCUGUGGAGGGCCAACAUUGCGAUCUCACGAAUUCAGGGAAUAACUAGAAGGGCAUCUAUAAUUUAUUUAUAAUUCCAAGUGGUUGUGUCUGACUGAAGCACUUUGAUAUUUUGAACAACGUGAGUAAUAGUAUACAUGAAUAAUAAAUUAUUUUUAAUAGCAUA